AAUGAAAAGUUAAAGCAAUCAUAUACCAAAAAAACGUUGAUGAGGGAGAGAUUGAUUCGCUUCAAAAAAAAUGAUCAUUUCUUUUCAUUUCUCAACAUAGUCAGCCAAUGGAGCUGUAAACAUGUCCAUCUUCUUUGUUCUCUUGUUUCUGCUUCACCUCUCAACAUCCCAAAACGACGACUGCGCCCCGACAAGAUGCUCCAAACAAGGUCCAACAAUCCGCUUCCCGUUCCGCCUAAAGAACCACCACCCACCGCACUGUGGCUACCCCGGGUUCGAUCUCUCCUGCUCUCCAAACAACACCGCCACUCUCCUCAACCUCCCCUAUUCCGUCCAAGUUCAAGUUACCAAUAUCAAUUACGCGUCCCAAUCCAUUUCCAUCCAAGACCCAAACAACUGCUUCAUGCAACAGUUUCAAAACCUCAACUUGUCCACCACUCCCUUUCGAUUUGCAGGUCCCUUGCAGAAUUUAAGCUUUUUCAGUUGCCCUUCCCCAGGGCUGGAUAUGGAAUGGUUCCCUUGCCUCAAUGGCAAUGGACAUGAUCAAGUUUAUGCCGAUUUGGGUUUCAUGCCUGUCGCUUAUGGUCCAACGUCUUGCAAAAAGAUGUAUAAUGUCCGGUCGGUUCCCCUUGGGGCAUUUGAUCACGGACGAGUAGAUAUUCAAUUGAAAUGGCCCCAUCGGGUUUGUGGGAAGUGUGAGGCUGAAGGCAAGUUUUGUAGGUUUGUGAGUAACAGCAGUACUAGUGAUGAACUUGAAUGCUUCAUCAAUCCAGGUGACUGGAAAAGGCCAUCAGUGAUUGCAGAUGUGACUUUGGGCUCAUUUCUGCUUCUUGUAAUCCUCAUUGCAAUGUAUUUGCUCCACAGACAAAGGAAAACUAAGAGAGAGGAUCAUCUAAAGAUUGAGAAGUUCUUGGAGGAUUAUAGAUCUUUGAAGCCGGCAAGAUACUCUUAUGCUGAUAUUAAGAAAAUUACAAAUCAGUUUAAGGACAAAGUAGGCCAAGGAGGAUAUGGGACAGUGUAUAGGGGACAACUUUCCGAUGAUGUACAUGUCGCAGUUAAGAUCCUCAAUAAUACUAAGGGAAAUGGGGAAGACUUCAUCAAUGAAGUGGGAAUAAUUGGUAAAAUCCACCACAUCAAUGUGGUUCGCUUUGUUGGAUAUUGUGCGGGUGGAUUUAGGAGAGCUCUUAUAUACGAGUUUUUACCAAAUGAUUCGCUUGAAAAGUUUGCAUCAUCUCAUGAUCAUGACAAGCAUUUACUUGGUUGGAAGAAGCAGCUUGAAAUUGCUUUGGGUAUAGCUAAAGGAAUUGAGUAUCUUCACCAAGGGUGUGAUCAACAAAUCCUUCAUUUCGAUAUUAAACCACAUAACAUCUUGUUGGACGAGAACUUGAAUCCAAAGAUAACGGAUUUUGGUCAAGCAAAGUUGUGUUCGAAAGAACAAAGUGUUGUGUCCAUGACUACUGCUCGUGGUACUAUUGGCUAUAUUGCACCAGAAGUGUUCUCAAGGAACUUUGGAAACGUGUCAUACAAAUCAGAUAUUUAUAGUUUCGGUAUGUUGUUGCUUGAAAUGGUCGGAGGGAAGAAGAAUUCUAAUGUAAUGGCCAAUAACACCAACCAAAUUUACUUUCCCGAAUGGAUUUACAUUCAUUUGGAUAGUGGAGAAGAGCUAGGUAUCGGUAUUCAAGAUGAAGAAGAUGCCAAGAUUGCGAAGAAGUUAGCAAUUGUGGGACUUUGGUGCAUUCAGUGGUACCCAGUUGACAGGCCUUCAAUGCAUGUCGUGAUUCAAAUGCUGGAAGGAGACGGAGACACGCUAAUCAAGCCUCCCAAUCCGUUUGUCUCCACAAAUCCAACAAUGGUCCCGGGACAAGCAAGUGGAACUGCGGAAGGUCUCCAUCACAGCAAGUUGGAAGUUAUUGUCGAAUCUGAGUGAGAAAGAUAUAGACUCUAUCUAUUGUAUCGUCGAGCCUAAUUAGAAAUCUCCCUUUCAAUUGACUAGUGACGAAUUUUUGAACUACUGAUGUAUAGACUCUAUCUGUUGUAUCGUUGAGCCUAAUUCAAUGUACUGUGUGUGAAUUAGAAGAUAAUGACAAAUUCGGAAUGUUAUUAUUAUCAGAG